ACGACAGGAUCGAAUGGAGAACGAAAGGCAUUCGCUGUCUUCGUUGCCUAUGCUCGCCAGGCUCGAUCACCUGGAUUUCAUCAUAAAGAAUAUGGAGAAGCAAGAGAAUAAUUAUAAUCCAAAAUGGAGGGAAAUAGAGAAUGGGGUGAUGACACGUGGACGACCGGCGUUGGAUACGGCGGUGAGAGAUGCGUACUUCAAAGGCUCGUUGCUCGAGAGAGUGGCCGCUCUCGAGAAUCGUCUCUUUCAGCUGUGCAUGGAAUUGGAAUCGAGCAGCACAUCCUCUACUUCGACGGGAGGGUCUGGCGGUGAACCGUCGAGCCAAAGGGCCAAAAGAGAUUCGCUGAGGACGUUGCCCACUUUCUCCAACAUUAACCCCUUUCAUAUCCCAAAACAACACCACGACACUCCUCCUCCUGCCCUUGCCAACAAUACUAACGAUAAACCCGACACUCAGCGAUUGAACACAACAAGUAGGCGGCUGAGGAAGGGAAAGAGAAGAAGCAGAAAACGAAGCAGCCCAAGGAGAAGAAGGCAGCGGCGGAUGCUAAAAGCACUUGCAAAUCCAAGAAGGCCAAAUCCCCCAAGAAAUGGUCUCACUUUUCUUUAUUAGGAUGCUAAUUUUAUGUUUUACAUCAAU